AUGCAACAGCUAAUUAAGGCUAUAUGCUGGGACUGUAGAAUUGAAUCCGUUUCCGUUGUGGCGAUACUUAAGAGUUUUGAGCGUCUUAAAGGUAUCUAUAUAACAGAAUCAGAUGAUAUCUACACAGCAAUCCACGACAAAAUGUUUGACAUUAUAUCAGCAGCUAUUGCACCAUAUAUAAUGAAAUGUUUAAUAGAACACAUUGACAUUUCUUUUCUUGCAAGCCGUACAUAUCUUUCAUCAUUUACUCAAAAAAGUGUCCCUUUUGUUAUUCACAUCCCACAACAAUUAGAAAGUCUAUAUCUCGAACGACAAAUGAAGGAAGCAAUGGAAGGAAAAUACUGGGAAGUAUUUGGAAGCAUACAAACAGAGAACGAGGCAUAUAGAAAACUACUUCUAUCGAUUUUGGAAGAACAAGACACAUUUCAGCAAAUAUUCCAAAAUUCCGUUGAAAAUGGGAAAACGCCUUUAUACGUAUCAUCUUAUUUGGGAUAUAUAGAUUUUGUAGAAUAUUUUGUAGUGCAAUGUCCGUAUUACAUAAAGGUUAAAGACAAGGAGGGUAGGUCUCCCUUUUAUGUUGCAUGUAAAAAAGGUCACAUUGCAGUUGUAAGAUAUUUAACGAAAUAUAAUGAGGACAUUAAUGCACACGAUGUGAAUAACACAACAGCAUUAUCAGCGACUUGCCUAAAUGGUCACUCUGUGGUAGCCCAAUUGUUAUUGGACAACAAUGCAGAUAUCAACAAAACUAACAAAAUUAAUCAGGACACACUGCAUCAUGUUUGCUUGAGUGGAAAUGUCAAAUUGGUGAAACUGUUAUUAUUUGGUGAAUAUAAUGUAGAUACUACAAAGAGAGACAUAUAUGGACGGUCAUCUUUACAUGCAGCUUGUUUUAAAGGACACACAGAAGUAGUGAAAUUAUUGAUUGGUUUUGGUUUAGAUAUAAAUGAAACAUCCAAUCUAGGUUCAACACCACUGUUUGAAGCUUGUCGGAAUGGUCAAUAUGACACAGUGAAAUAUUUAUUUGAUUUAAACGGUCAAACAUUAAAUAGUCGUGUAGAAACUACAAUAAAAAACGAAAAAGGAUGGUCAGUUUUGCAUGCAGCCUGCCAAAACGGACAUUGCGAGGUUGUUAAGUUUUUAAUCGGUGCUGUCAUGAAUCCUAACGACACAACAAACGUAGGUUAUACACCACUGUAUAAGGCUUGUGAGCACGGCCAUUGUGAAAUAGUGAAAUAUUUAAUUGAUUUAAAUAACCAAAUAUUAAAUAGUCGUGUAGAUACAACAAUAAAACGCGAAAAUGGAUGUUCGGCUUUAAAUACAUCUUGCCAAAAAGGAAAUAUAGAUGUAGUUAAGUUAUUGAUUGACGCUGGUAUGAACCCAAACGACACAUCAAACGGAGGUAUGACACCACUUAAUUACGCUUCUCGGGAAGGUCGCUAUGACACAGUAAAGUUCUUACUUGAUUUAAACGGUCGUACAAUAAAUAGCCGUGUAGAUAACUAA